GAAGUUCUUCACAUCUUCGUGACUGUUUGUCUAUUUUACACGGUUUUGUAAUUUUAAACUCUGGUUUGUUGAAUUUGACAUUUUCUCAACCAAUCAGAAUCAGCUCCAACAAAUUUAUUCUGAGAUUGUUGGAUUCUGAAUUCGGAUUCUGAAAUCACAUAUUGACAUCGGCGUCCUGUAUAAAUACACAGACUAACUGUAAUCUGUGAUAAAUAUACCUUCAAAAUUUACAGUAUCGAUGAUUUUUUGAUUGUUUUGAGUUGGUUGAUGAAGAGCAAUCAGACAUGCAGGCGUCUUAUACAGUAAAAUAUACCAAAGGACUCUUUCUGCGAUGUCUAUGUAUAGUAUACUUGUUUGCGUUCGUUUCCUUUUAUAUACAGGCUCCAGGUCUAUAUGGCGACAAUGGAGUUCUUCCUGCAAGAUCCCUCUUAGAAAACAGUAUACAUAAAACGUUAUCGGCGAAAAUCCACUAUCAACCAACAUUAAUUUGGUUAGCCCCAUAUUUGGGACUAGAUGUUAAUUAUGCCUUAGACGUUUUAUCUCUUUUAGGCAGUUUUUUAGCGUUUACAGGGUUUGUUUCUCAGAAACUUUGUACAUUACCUCUGUUCGCUGGUUUAUGGUCCCUUUACUUCUCAUUAUACCAAGUAGGGCAAGUGUUUGUGGCAUCUAAUUAUGAUGAUUUAUUGCUGGAAAUUGGAUUCAUUGCUUUACUGGUGGCACCAAUAUUGCCGGGAAAAAGGAGGGGCUACAAAAGCUCCCAAAAUGAUGCCAUAAGAUUCUGGUUGCUUCGAUGGGUACUGUUUAGGUAUUUGGUAACAUCUGGCAUUAUUAAAUUUAUUAGCGGAUGCCCUAAAUGGUGGAGUUUGACAGCCUUGAAUUACCAUUUCCAAUCAAUGCCUCUGCCGUCAUCUCUAUCAUGGUAUGCACAUCAUCUACCAAAUUGGUUUUUGAAGUUGACAAGUGUCUACACAAAUGUAGUAGAAAUUAUUCUGCCCUUCUUAUUCUUCAUUCCUAUGAGAAAUGUCAGAUUGACUGGGUUUAUUUUCCAAAUAUUCCUUCAAAUAUGUAUUGUUUUAACUGGAAAUUUCAGUUUUGCUAACCUGUUAAUUGUGGUACUCACUUUGUCCUUAUUGGAUGAUAAAGGAAUUCAGUCAAAAAAAGUUAGUGAAGAACCUUCAUAUGUGGCAAAUAUUGUAAAUAUUUUGAUACAUGGAGCAUUGUUUUAUGCAGUAGUAACAAUAUUUUCUCUAAAAAUUGAAGGAUCUGUAGUAGAAUCCAAAAUAGCAUUUACCAAGGAUAAUUUUGAAGUCGCAGCAAGAUUGGGAAUUAGUUUUGCUUUGUAUUAUGGUCUCUCAACUUUAGCCCUCACCAUUCUGAGCACUUUAGCAAAUAUUCUUUUCAGUAACAAUUCUUGGUUGAAUAAAAUAUGGUCUUUCAUUAAGACUAUUAUGUUUUCUCUACUAGUCCUUAUGAUUUUCUUUGCUUCAACGGUACCUUUAACUUCCCUACAUUCUUCAACUAACACCACAGUUCAUCCUACCGUGAGGGCUACUUACAACCGUUUACACAAGAUUCGUUUAAUCAAUGAUUAUUUGUUAUUCAAACAAAUGAGUGGUGUGGAUGGAAGAUCAGAAAUUAUUUUAGAAGGAUCGGAUAGUCUUGAUGGACCCUGGGUAGAAUAUAACUUUUUGUACAAACCUGGUAACAUCAAUCAUUCAUUGCCAUUUGUAGCUCCUUAUACUCCGAGAUUGGAUUGGCAAAUGUAUUGGGCUGCACAAAGUACUUACGACAAACAACCAUGGCUUCUUUCAUUGACCCAUCGUCUUUUGCUUGGAACACCCGAAGUCCUUAGUCUUUUAGAUAGAAAUCGUUCUCCUUUCCUGAAAAAACCUCCCAAAUUUAUUAGAGGUGUUCUUUAUAAAUAUAAAUAUACUUCGUGGAAUCAAGGGUCUCAACAAAGCUGGUGGAGCAGAGUUCGACAAAAUGAGUAUUUCCCAGUGUUUUCAAAGGAUUCCCCUGUCCUUACCGAAUAUCUGAAAGCGAGAAAUUUGAUCCCCACAACUGCCAAAGUUGUUCCAAAUCCUAUAUGGAAAAAGAUUUUGGACAAAAUUAGAUAUGUAGCUAGUCACCUAGAGGCCACCUUGUUGUUAUGGUCAGUGUUCACUGCUGGAUGUGCCGUUAUUUCUACAUCUUCGAAAAGCAAAUGAAAGGUGUAUUUUUGAGAUAUUCAGUCACAAACUGAAUUUUUUUUUAAGAUAUUCAUUCACAAACUUUUUCAAUGUCUAAGCCUAACUGUAAGCUGUGCCAAAUAUUGUCCAACAGUAAUUAUGUUACAAUCCUUCUAUUUACAAAAUGAAAAAUUAUGAUCUAGUUUCCUAUUCAUCCUAAAACCUCUAGUUGCAAAUUUCUACCUCACACCUGUGAUAUGCUUCGAAUAUCAUCUAUUUAUUUUCGUUUAAUUUUUUUCUGUUCAUUCGAUAUAAUUUCACUGGAAAAACAAAAAAAAGGUGUUUUAAGUUAAAUGUGUGUUUUUUUUUUAUUUUGUUCUAUUUCUUAUUAAUUUGAGUAUGAGUAAUUUUAUCAAUCAAAGAAUUGAUUUAACUCAUAAAGAAUAGUGGUGAAUGAAUAUCUUCUUGUUGGUAAUAAAAUAAUGUGUUCUAUAAUUUUUGAAAAUUCCACUUGUCAAAUACACUCCAGUUCAAAAAAUGUUUCACAACUGCAGUGAUAUUCUCUUUAUAGUGGUAUAACUCAACAAAACUAUUGUAAUAUUUAUUUGUUUUGUAUCAUUGCUUUUAUUUUUCUAGAUUUUUAUUUUUACAUAUUUCACUCUACAGGAAAAAAAUUAAUCAGUUGGAAAUAAUCAAAUUAAUUUCUUAUGUAAGAUUAGAGCCAUUAUACUGAAAAGAUUCAAAGUAUUAUUUAUAUGAUCUUGUAUAAAUUUAAGAAUACUAUUUAAGAUUUAAUCAAUAUUUUCACAUGUCCAAUCUAUUCUAUAUUGAAUAUUUAUUUUCACGUUAUUGCACAUGACAUUUAUCAUUAGAUUUUGUGGUUGCAGGUUUUUAUACAUUAAGUUUGAUUUUUACUAUUCAGUAAUCAAUUUUGUUAUGAAUCAGUUUUGAUUUUUGUUUGAUGAAAGUCAGAUAACAUUAGAGGAUAAUUAAUGAAGUUGUAUAUCAUAAAUUUUAUUUAAUUUCUGAAAUUAUACAUAUACAAUUAUUGUCAUAUAAGAACAUGUGUGAUUAUAAUAUUCUCUUUUGUUAUAAAAUUGGUAUAUUGGAACUAAUAGAAAAGAAUUAAAGUUUAGUACACAUUUACAUAUUGGUGUUUAAGAAAUUCACAAUUUUUAUCAUUAUUUAUAUAUCAACAUGUAUAUCUUGCAAGAGUGCAUUUUAUAAAUAAAGUCAUACUAUAAUUUUUGUUGA